AUGCUUAAUAUCAGCAAGCUGUUCGUAUUAGUAACGAGCUUAGCCUCUGUUGCACCGACACCAAUCCAAGAACGGCAGGCAAGCUCAUCCUUAGACACAUGGCUUAUCUCGGAAUCUACCAUUGCGCUGCAAGGAGUGUUGAACAAUAUAGGUCCUGGUGGCUCAAAAGCGCAGGGUGCUGCGGCAGGUAUUGUUGUCGCAAGCCCAAGCAAAAAUGAUCCCAAUUACUACUACACUUGGACCCGAGACGCAGCAUUGACCUAUAAGAUGCUAGUCGACGAGGUCAUAGCUGGUAACGCCUCGCUCGAGCAACACAUCAGAGAAUACGUCCAAGCACAAGCAGUCCUACAAGGUGUUGUCAACCCUUCUGGCAACCUGGAUGAUGGCGCGGGUCUAGGUGAGCCAAAAUUCAACGUCGAUGGAACAGCUUUUACUGGAUCAUGGGGUCGGCCUCAACGCGAUGGUCCUGCACUUCGGGCGACCACCCUGAUUUCAUAUGCUAACUAUUUGAUCUCUUCUGGCCAAACGUCCCUUGCCACCGACCUCGUCUGGCCAGUCAUUCGGAAUGAUCUCUCCUACACUGCACAAUACUGGAAUCAAACAGGCUUUGAUUUGUGGGAGGAGAUCAACGGCAGUUCAUUCUUUACAAUUGCAGGCUCUUAUAGAGCUCUCGUCGAAGGUAGUGCGCUCGCAACCCGUAUAGGGCAAACAUGUCCUUAUUGCGACUCACAAGCUCCACAAAGCCUCUGCUUCAUGCAGUCAUUCUGGACAAACCAAUACGUCGAUUCGAACAUCAAUGUCAAUGACGGUCGAACAGGCAAGGACGCAAACUCUCUAUUGACCUCAAUCCAUAUGUUUGAUCCAGCAGCGACGUGCGAUGAUUCAACAUUCCAGCCGUGUUCGUCAAGAGCCUUGGCCAACCACAAGCAGGUGACGGAUUCUUUUCGAGGUUAUGCGAUCAAUGCUGGCAUACUAGCCGGUCAGGGUGUAGCUGUCGGUCGUUACGCUGAAGACGUCUACAUGAACGGCAACCCGUGGUAUUUGGCCAACUUCGCAGCAGCGGAGCAACUCUACGGCGCCCUUCUACAAUGGAACAAGGUUGGGUCGGUCACAGUUGACUCAGUCAACCAAGCCUUCUUCCAAGAUCUGAUAGCGGGCAUAAGCACAGGUACAUACGAUGCUAGCUCCUCGACGUUUGAGUCCAUCGUCACGGCCGUCAGAAUCUAUGCCGACAGUUAUAUGUCCUUUGCACAGAGGUUCACACCACCCGACGGUAGCCUGGCAGAACAGUUCGACAAAACGACAGGAGUUCCGGUAUCUGCAGCAGAUUUAACUUGGUCAUAUGCUGCCCUUCUGACUGCAAAUGCCAGGCGCAACGGACAAGUCCCAGGGUCCUGGCUUGUUCCUGGUGGAAACACUCUACCCUCGCAGUGUCGGCCUUCCAGCGCUACAGGAACCUAUUCCUCGGUAAUUGUAACUGCCUCGCCAACAUACACUCCCACGCCUACCAGUGGCUUCGUGACUUCGACGACAUCAACGACCUGUCCGACCGCGGUAGCCUUGACAUUCAACGAACGUGCAACGACAUACUAUGGCGAAACCGUCUUCCUUACUGGCUCCGUUUCACAGCUUGGAUCCUGGUCAACCGACGAGCAAAGCCGUAUUCCACUUUCCGCAAAUAGAUACACAAGCUCAGAUCCAUUGUGGCAAGUGACCGUGAAUCUACAGCCAACGACAACUUUCGAAUACAAGUACUAUCGUAUCGGCAGUGACGGCCAGAUAAGCUGGGAAAGCGACCCGAACAGAAGCUUCACUGUACCUAGUGACUGCCAGGCUAGCGCUACAGUCAGCGAUACCUGGAGAUAG